CAAAAUAGAAACUGCCGUGAAGUCGCCUGUUGUUUAGAUUACGCUUUGAUAAAUUUAUUGUUAGUAUUUUCAACCUGAUUUCUGUAAAGCACAUGCAAAAUAUUUUAAUUAUGUUGGUGACUAUGCAUUUUAGCUAAAAUUUUAGUGACAAAAGUGCGAAUCUAUACGUUUCGCUAGAACGUGAAAAAACGCAAUUGGAAAAAAACUGAAAACGAGUUUGUAUUGAUCUGCUCGGGUGUUUCGCAGAACAACAGUGUGUUGAAAAAAACCCAGCUGCUGUGUGCGUGUAUUGUAUCGUAUUUACAAAUUUUAUCCAAGAAUUUUUCAUUUUACAUUUGCGAAUCUGUGAAAAACUGUUAAUGUUUGUUUGCUAAGUAAAACAAAGCUAGAAAGACAUUUCGAGGGACUUCCUAUUGAAAGGAGUAUGCAUGGAAUAAUUCUACUGAGGAACAUCAACAUCAUCCAGUAAGUGAGCUAAAUUUCAAAACAAAGAUCGGGAAGGAAUGUCAAGCGGUACUACCAAAUUUCAUAUGCCCCAGCCAAUCACGAAGCAGGAAAUUAAAAAGGAACAUCAGUCAGCAACCGUAGGAAGUACCACAGGCAGUACAAACGGCGGAGCAAACGUACUGAAAGUUUUCCAAAACCCGCACCAGUUUAUCGUAUCUAAGGGAACAACCAGUGUCGAAAAUAAUGGUGCCACUGGGGCAUUGAGAACUUCUACAACCUCGGCGGACUAUGUUUCUAGCAGUGGCAGUCUCGAAAUGGCUGAUACUGGCAACGGUGAGGUGAAAGUUGUGAUUAAACAACAAACUGGUAGCGGCACAGAAACGGAUUCAAUUGAACAACACGAACAAAGUAUUAUUGCUGCUCUUUAUCAGCAGCAACAACAAAAUCUGUCGAAAAAUGGUAAUAACAGGCUGUCCUCCCAGCGGUCAUCUCCUGUUUCAUCUCCAUCGCCACCUCCUCAGCAGAUGGCCACUACAACGACGGUGGCGUCCGGCCAGAAACUGAGUAACGGAUCUAACGCAUCUGUCAAAAUGAAUACAACAGCCGCUGCGUCAACGGCAACCGGAAAUAACGCGCCAAAUACGGCCAACUUUCACAACUUUAUCGGUCGACUGAUCAGCAAGGAUAACAUGCUGCUCAUAAGUGAGGACAUCAUCGAAGUUGGACGGAACUCAUCCAAAUCGCAGGUAGACUUCCACGUGGGAAAGAACAGCUUUGUCUCGCGAAAGCACUUCAUCAUUCAGCACGAUAUGAACGAUGACUUUAAUCUGUUCUGCCUCAGCAAGAACGGAGUCUUCAUCGACAACGUGUUUCACCGGAAGUGUGCUGAGUCUUACAAGUUGCCGAAAGUCUGCAGCAUUCGUUUUCCCAGUACAAAUAUCAAGAUUCAGUUUGAGAAUCUAAUUGACCAAGCGAACAACGGCGGAAUAUCAAUUGACCUGAAUCAGCAUACUCCGAUCAAGGUGGGAACUGGGUCGGGUAGCAAUGCAGUGGCAGCAGCAGCCGCCAUUGCCGCCGCCGGAGGCAAUCUUAGUGUUGGCGUAGCGGGUGGAGGCGGCGGUGGUAACAAAUCGCCGGCAUCGAAUAUCAUCUACUCUCCGCUGAAAAUUUCCAUUCCUGAGCAAGGCAGCAGCGGUGGCAGCGCGAACCUGGCUGUCGAUAUUCGCGGUCAUCAUCCCAGCGGCGGUGGACGUGAUAGUGGUAUACACAUCGGAGGAAGCGGAUACCCAUCGCCAACGGGAACCAUCAGUGCGGCCAACAGUUGUCCCACUAGUCCAAGGCAAAAUGUGCACGAGUUUGCACAGUAUAGUCACAAUAGUCAUAGUAGCAACAACAACAACAAUUACUCCCAGGAAUUUCAAGCACCUGCGUCUCAAUCUAUGUCCGAUAGUGACAAACCUCCUUACAGUUAUGCACAACUAAUAGUGCAGGCCAUCUCUGCAUCACCGGAGAAGCAGCUCACAUUAUCUGGCAUCUACUCGUUCAUAUCGAAAAACUAUCCUUACUACAGAACAGGAGCCAACAAAGGAUGGCAAAAUUCUAUUCGUCAUAAUCUCAGUUUGAACAGAUACUUCAUAAAGGUGCCACGAUCACAAGAUGAGCCAGGCAAGGGUAGUUUUUGGCGGAUAGAUCCACCCAGUGAGCUUAAGCUGAUCGAUCAAAGCUACCGGAAGCGACGCCAGAGGGGCUCACAGUGUUUCCGAACACCAUUCGGUAUGCCGCGCUCGGCACCGGUCUCACCCAGUUACAUAGAUAAUUCGCGGGAAGGAUCCCCGAUCAAUGACGAGCUGCUACUGUCUGCACCGGGCUCACCCGGUCAGAAUAACAGCGGUAACGUGAGCUACAACUCAAGUAAUCACGAUGGAUCACAACAUUCGUCUUACCAACAUCAGUAUAAUGCAUACGCCAGUAGCACCGACCACCAGGGAAACGAGAUUUAUGACGAUGACGACCAGGUGGAGUAUGACAGUGGGGAUGAUUACGAGGCACCACCGGUAAUCAAACGCCCGAAAAUGUAACUUCCUUUCGCGUAGAACCUCUAAUAAUCAGCCCACAGUCGCAGUCUGUGCUCCUGCACUCGUUAGCGUCAUUGCUGCAAUCGAGUGGUGCAUCCAGCAAAAAUAUUCUACGUGGUGGUAUGUUUUACUAAUACCUACCUGUUUAACAAAAAAACAAGAAAUCAUUGCACACGAAAAAACACCGAACAAUUCUUAAAUUACAACAAAGGAAAAAAGCAGUUUUAGCACUCUUGAUGGUCUCUUGUCACGUUCAUUGUGGGUUUAUUACCCUUUAAUUCACAUUUUUCAAUGUUCGUGUAAACAAUUUCUUACACAUUGGGAAUAUAAAUCACAUUGCAGCACAUUCACAGAAACCGUAAAGCACUCACCCACGCAUAUACAUAUUGUGACAUUUUUUUCCUCGACACUCACCAACAAGAAGAUUAGAUUAAUGGAAGCAAGUGAAUCCAAAACAAUACAAUUUAUAUAAUUACGAUAUAUAAACUGGAAAAUCUGAAAAAGAACCUACAUUUAGAAUUCUAGUUAUUAAUGAAUGUGAGCAGAAAGCAUACAAAUUUAAAGGUACACUAAUUUAACUCUGAGUAAAUGAGAUAUAAAAAUAUUUAGUGUUUAGUGAAAUGUCUCUUUUAUUGAAUAAAAACAACAAAUUAUAUAUACAACUAUAGAAGAAAAAAAACAAUGCAAUAUCUUCACGGCGCGUGACAUUGCAAAAUCAUUCGAGAGACAGAUAAUAGAUUUAUCACGCAGCACUCAUACAUUCGUGAAGAUGAUGAACUAAUCUGUUGUGUGAAUGCAGUGCAGCAAGAACAGUUAGCGUAGGCAAAAUGAAUUUAGACAAAACUAAACUACUUCCGCGCAUCAUCCAUCUGAGCAUUAAGAGUGGAAUGAAAAUAAUGUUUAGCUCUGCUUCAUAGCAAUAUGGAGAAAAUUGGCUAGCCCUGCCUGCCUGUUACUCUCUGUAGAGAUGAUGUUGAGAUGGUCAUCAAGUGACAAUGUCAAUACUGGUCAACGCUGAAAAUAGUAAAUUUAGUGAAAGGUAAAUUUAGCUCGGAAGUUGAAAAUUUCGAUAUCAAUAAAAUUGAUUACACUAUAGUUUUUUUUUAAUUAAAGAAAAGCAUAAGUGUAGAAAUGGUCUCUCGGCGUUAAGAUUGAAACUGUAAUUAUUUUUGAAAUGAUACAAGUGCGUGCCUGUUAUUGGCAGCGGGGAAUCCUUUGGGGACAAAUGUGGAAAAAUAGUUUAUUCGAAAUGGAGCCAAGCUUGACUUUGACAUUUUCAUUGCUUUAAUGUUUCGGGUGUAUGUUGGUGUGAACGACACCAAUAACCGGGAGAAAAGAGAAAAAGCAAAACAAAUGAAAUAAGAAAUAAUGCUGACAACAGUGCUGUAUAACUUAAUUGUAUUUGUUUAAAUGUAAAUUUAUUAACAACAUAAA